CGGUCCGCGCCGCUGCCGCGUUGACGUUGACAGAGACACGCGGACAAGUGAGAGGACAAUGGGAUUUUAAAAUCGAGUUCAGUCUCGCUCUCGUGCGGGAGCAGCUUUCAUGUUCGUGUGCCGAUACAGCCGUAUCGAUACCGACAGCGAUAACUGACGUCGUCGACGUAAUCGUCGUCAAGGGGGCCGAUCCCUGGCGGAUCGCGACGAGCGUAACCGUUGUCGUUGCUUGACAGAACCGAAGAAGAUGGCCGAUAUGACGGAAUCGCCGCCACUGUUCGACGACACCGAGACAAAGUUGGACGAUCUGGAGGACGAUGACGAGGAUAUCUUCGCGUCCGCGGUGCAGGUAUCAUCGUACAGCGAGAGCGAUCGACCGCGCCGGGAGUCGAGACGUUGCGAGGGAAAGGAAUGAAAAGGAGCAGAACCAGCUGCAGGAUGCUUCACCUUUCAACGGAGUGUCCAAGGUUCAAGCAGAGUUGCCAAAGCUGUCUCUGCGAGACAUGCCAGAGGAGAAUUCGUUCUCCUCGAUGUCCAGCCCUGCUCCAGGUCCAUUGAGUCCUCCAUUGGGGCCAAUGAACACAGAUAUUGGGGAUCUUCACGAUGUUCCUAUCAACGAUAAUGCGGAUACUUUGUCUACAAACAUUAUUCAUUCUCGGUCUUUAGAAGAGGUUCCGGCAGAUACGUCUGAAGUUUUCUUAAAGAUCACUGUCACCUCGCCUCAAAAGAUAGGUGAUGGAAUGGGUGCCUAUGUUGCAUAUAAAGUUGAAACGAGAACAAAUAUGCUUAUUUUUAAGAAAAGGAACUUUAGCGUGAUUCGGCGCUUUAGCGAUUUUCUAGGUCUUCAUGAUAAAUUGACAGAGAAAUAUCUUAGGAAUGGCAGAAUAAUCCCACCAGCUCCAGAGAAAAGUGUAAUUGGAACGACGAAAAUUAAAAUGUCCGGGGACAAAAACCAAGAACAAAAUUCAAGUUCCACAGAAUUUCUUGAACGACGUAGAGCAGCACUCGAGAGGUAUUUGAAUAGAACGGCUGCACAUCCAGUUCUGAGUAUUGAUCCUGAUUUCAGAGAAUUUUUGGAAGCUGAUGUAGAAUUACCUAAGGCCACCAAUACGUCUGCAUUGAGUGGUAAGGGAGUAAUGCGGCUUUUCAACAAAGUAGGGGAAACUGUUAAUAAAAUAACAUAUAAAAUGGACGAGAGUGAUAUGGAGGGUAAGUGGUUCGAAGAGAAAACGUCGCAAAUAGAUUCCCUUGAUAUUCAGUUACGCGCCUUGCAUUCCGCGGUCGAUUCUUUAACGAAUCAAAGAAGAGAAUUGGCAAACUGCACUGGUGCCACAGCGAAAUCGAUUGCCGUUCUUGGUCACGGCGAACCGGGAGCGUCUCUCGGCAGAGCUUUGGCGCAAUUGGCCGAAACUCUAGAAAAAGUGGAGGUGAUCAGGAAAACGCAAAGCAACAGCGAUCUGUAUCAAUUUGGAGAAAUGUUGAGGGAUUAUGUCGCGCUCAUUGGUGCUAUUAAAGAUGUUUUUCAUGAGAGAGUAAAAGUUUUUCAAAAUUGGCAACACGCUCAGUUGAUGUUGAACAAGAAACGCGAACAAAAGGCGCGACUUGAACAAUCAGGCCGAACAGAUAAAACAAGUCAAGCAGCUACCGAGGUCAUAGAAUGGGAGGCAAAGGUGGAGAGAGGUCAAGAGGAAUUUGACAAUAUUUCGAAGAUGAUAAAGGAGGAAGUCGAACGCUUUGAGUUAGUUAGAGUGCAAGAUUUUAAGAAGCAGCUAAUUGAGUACCUGGAGUCGAUGCUACAACAUCAGAAUCAACUCGUCAAGUACUGGGAGAGUUUCUUGCCAGAGGCACGAGCGGUGGCAUAAACAUUCCGUUAAAGAGAACCGAUAAUAAGGCCGAUAUCUACCGUAUAACAGGAGAAAAGUAACUUCUGUGAUGUUCGUCGAGAUAAAUCGAGACAAAUUGGGACAAGUUAUUCAUUUAAUAUCAACGAUGUGGUGGCGUUCUUAUCAAGAGAAUUCUUAAAUUUCGUUAAGAGAGAAAAGAAGGAUUAGAAGAAAGACAAACAUACGAGUCAGGCGUACUGCUAGAUUAUUAGAAGCGUGAUGGAGGAGAAGAAUAUAUCCUAAUUAGACGAACGUAACUAGAAGUUUCAAAUUUUUAUUACAUUUCAAUUAUUGUCAAUAUAUAAUAUAUUAAUUCUUUACGAUUACUUUAUAUCCAUAUUAUAUAUACAUUAUACGUAACUAAACGUAUGAAAUAUACCAUUUGUUAAAGAAUGUUACUAAAUAAUAAAGAUCAAUCAUGGUUAUAUAAA